UUUUUUACAUCACUGUCAAAAAAUUCAAUGUCAAAUCCCAUUUCGCACGGGGUGAUAUCAUUCCGCGUAAAAAUGGAAAUAAAAACCGUUUAGUAACUAUAAAAAUCAUAUCAUGCGACCAUGGCGGACCGUAUACGCAAUAUAGCCCGAACUCUCCGUUCGAAACUGAACAUGCCCGUGACAGCCACAUCCAGCCGUCAGAAGAUCGACGAAAUGAUCACCAAGUACAUGCCUGCUGAUAAGGUCGCCGAUUUCGCCGACAAGAUGAGGAACGAGCCCAUAGGAGCGAAGGUCAAAGAGCUGGUGGCCCGGUAUGAGAAGUUCACUGGAGUCCAAGAGAUAAUGGCUAUUCAGAACACCGUAAUCGAGGCUCAGGAGCGCUUCGUCUCAGCCCAGGACCGGCGACGCGAGCUGGGUCGUCAGCUAGCCAACAUCGAGGAGCGGCUCAAGGAACUCCACGCCGAGAUGCAGAGCACCAUGAAGGGUGAUGACAAAUAUCUGCAACUGUGUACUGAGGAGCAUAAGCUCAUAAUCCAAGAGCGAAACCUCCGCACUCACUUCGCGGACGCAGAGAGAGAGGAACGAGAGCUCUUCGCACGCAUGUCAGCCGCUGUCAAGUUAGGUCACGAGAGAGAGAGGGCACACGCCGAGAGAAACAAGUAUUGGUACAUCGUCGCUUCUAUAUUUGGCACUGUCUUGGGUAUCGCUGGCUCAACCAUCAACAACCGACUCAAAAUGGCGGAGUUUCGAGACAUGAUGGAACAGCAGAUGGCGCGCUCGGCUUCUGUGCUCUACACGGUGGCUGGCGGGGGCUCGGCCUCUCGGCAAGAUAUCACUGAGGCUAUGAAGACCGAGUUCGCUUACCAGGAGCAACUGGCGACCAACUUAGCGCAGAUGCAGGACAACAUCAACCAUCUCGUCAGCAAGCAGACCUCUCUUAUUGAACACAUAAACCAGCAAGAACAUCACAUGCAAACACAAAUUCGCGAUUUAAAAAAACUAGUCAUCGCCGCGUCACAGACUAGCGCAAAAUCUGACGCCGAACUCGCCAAAGCAUUGUCUGUGGUCCACCAAGAUUUAGACGACGACAAUAGGGAUAAGGACGACACACAUAACAGAGUCAUCCUGGAACCACAGCAGGUUAUAACGGGCAUUGGGGUUGUCAUGUGUCUCGCGAUUCUUUUGGGCAGCAUUGUUGGCAGGUCGUGAUUUGAAAUUGGAAUGUUAUUUCGAAUUUCGAAAUAGUUUUACUAUUUUUUGCAAAUUCGCAGGCGAAUGGUUUUCUUUUCAGACUAGUCCAUAUAUACUUUCAAAGUUGUGUUGUAGAUGAAUAUAUGUUUUGGUUUUUUGGUUGGCCUGUUAGCUGGCACUGUAACAUAAGCGAAAGUCGACGUGCCAUAUAAAACAAUACGAGUCUGAAUUUGCAAUGACAUCUACAACAUGAUAGAGUGCAAUUUUCUGUGGAGAUUGGCAAUCUUUAUUGUUUACCUGUCUCUAAUUUUGCUACAGGGUUUUAGAGACUAUUCCUAGUUAUUUUCAAUUUAUGAUGAAGACACUAAUGUAAUGCAUGUGAAACUUAUUGUGGUAAUAAAAAUUGGUUUUAUACAAUGUAACUAUCUCUUUAACAGUAUCUACUAAAACUUUUGUACUCUAUGCCCAAUUUGUCCCGAGUUGCUAUAUCAGUGAAAUUUUAUACAUUGGCGUUAAGAUUUAAAAAUAAGAUAUUAUACAGGAGUUAAAAGUUUUCUGUGAUAAACAAUACAAUUUUUUUUUUGAAUAAAGUAAAUUCAGAUUUUUGACCGUUGUGACCCAUUUGUGUACAUAUUUAUUUUUUCCCAUAAUUCUUGCCCCAUGAAAAAUCUUUGAUCUGUCCUUUUACGCGGGUAACACUGCUUCUCACUUGACGGUUUUAGUUAUUUAUAACAUAGGUGUAGGUAUAGAUACCAAUGAAAAUUUAUUCCAAUGUUUGUAUUAAUACGAAUACAAUAAAAAGAUGAUUGUUGUUCA